UUGUUUUGUUUUUUGGCUGUUAUUCAAAUCAUUCAAAACAAAUUAUUUGGAUUAAAAUUUUAAGUUUGUUUUGUUUUAUUGCUGUUCAACAACGAAAAAAAUGUUGGAAUUUUUCCCAUUAAAAUUAUGGCCAACAUUAAGUGUUCUGGCCAAUAUUGUUCUAUUAAUUCUGUUUACAAUUCCAUUGCUUUAUUUUUAUUCACAAUAUAAAUUUAGCUAUUGGAAACGUAAAGGUAUUAAAGGACCACCAACAUUACCAUUUAUUGGUAAUUUUCUUCUACCAACACGACCAAUACCAUUAAUGCAAAUGGAUUAUUAUCGUCAAUAUGGACAUUUUUUUGGAAUAUUUCAAGGUAGUCGACCAUUAUUAUCAAUAUCCGAUCCAACAAUUGUUAAACGUAUUUUAGUACAAGAUUUUCAUCUAUUUCAUAAUCGUAUGCCAACCACUGAUAGUCAUCCAGUAACUGCACAGAAUUUAGUUUCAGCACGUUAUACAAAAUGGAAACGUAUUCGUUCAAUAUUAACACCAAUGUUUACAACAUCAAAAUUACGUCGUAUGGAAGGUUUAAUGGGACAAUGUAUUGAUUCAUUAUAUAAUGCUAUUGAUAAAUUAUCUAAAAAUCAAUCAUCAUUUCCAGUACAUAAUGUUAUGGGUAAUUUUACAAUGGAUGUUAUAUCCAAAUGUGCAUUUGCCACCGAUACUGAUGCACAUAAUGAACAAGAAAAUACAUUCGUUGUAAAUGCAAGAAAAUUAUUAGAAUUUGAUUUAAUCAAAGCAUUUUUAAGAGUUUUAGCACCAAAAUUUUUGAGAAAAAUUUUAGAAAAAUUACAAAUCAAAUAUUUUCAAUCACCUGCAAGAGAUUUUUUCCUGAAUAUUUGUUUCGGAUUAAUUCAUCAACGUAAACAAAAUCCAAAUAUAAAAUAUAAUGAUAUGUUGGAAUUAAUGAUCAAAGCUAAACAUGGUGAAGAAAAACUGACUGAUGAUGAUGAUCGAUUUGAUUCAUAUCAUGUUAAUGCUGGUAAUGAAGAACAACAACAAGAACAAAAAUUAUUAAGUGAAAUUAUUGGUUCAAAAUAUUUAAAUGAUGAUGAAAUUGUUGCACAAUCAUUUAUAUUUUUUAUUGCCGGUUAUGAAACAACUGCAUCAACAUUAACAUUUGCCUUAUAUGAAUUAGCAAUGAAUCCUGAUAUACAGGAAAAAUUAUAUGAAGAAAUAAUGACCGAAAUUAUUAAUGAUGGUAAACCAUUAGAUUAUGAUCAUGUUAUGAAAUUACAAUAUUUGGAUGCAAUUUUAGCUGAAACAUUACGAUUACAUUCACCUGUUUUAACAUUAAAUCGUCAAGUAUCAGAUAAAUAUCAUAUACCUGAAUAUGAUUAUACAAUGGAUAAAGAUGAAUGUGUUUCAAUACCAAUAUAUGCUAUACAUCAUAAUCCAGAAUUUCAUCCAAAUCCAGAACGUUUUGAUCCAGAACGUUUUAUGCCCGAAAAUCGUGAUAAAAUAAUACCAUAUACAUAUUUACCGUUUGGUGGUGGUCCACGUAAUUGUAUUGGUAUGCGUUUUGCAAUGUCUGAAGCUAAAUUAGGUUUAACACGUUUGAUAAAAGAUUUUGUAUUUUUUAAAUCAUCAAAAACAUGUGAUGAAUUAAAAAUACAAAAUAGUUUAUUUUUAUUAAAAACAACACCAGUUUGGGUUGGUGUUAAACGUCGUUGAAUAUAUUCUU